AUGGCGGAUUGCACGCACGCCAGGCAGCCUGGGAUGCUUGCUUUUUCUUCUUCUGGCUGCCGGCAGGGCUCGGUUUCAGACAUGAGUGGAGAGAAACCUAAAAAGAAAGCUUUCUAUCUAGUGAGGAUGAAGCCACUGAAGGAGCCCACCACCACUAACAACAAUGUCUCUUUUGUGAUACACUGUCACAUAGGCAAGGAGAUCAAACACAUUUGCAGCAACUGCAGUCGCGGGGAGGAAGCCCGUGACGCUGAGGAAGUGGAAAGACUGGCUGCAAUGCGUUCAGAUUCUCUAGUACCUGGGACUCACACGCCUCCAAUCAGAAGAAGAAGCAAAUUUGCCACUCUUGGAAGGCUUUUUAAGCCAUGGAAAUGGAGGAAGAAGAAGAGUGAAAAAUUUAAGCACACUUCAGCAGCUUUAGAAAGAAAAAUGUCAAUGAGGCAAAGCAGAGAGGAGCUUAUAAAACGAGGAGUACUGAAAGAAAUUUUUGAUAAAGAUGGGGAACUUUCCAUACCAGAUGAAGAAGGAGCCUUGGAGAAUGGGCAGCCUUUGGGCUCCGGGCAAGUUCUGAGCUCCAGCCAGGUAUCCUUGCCAGCCCUAGCAGAACUGGAAUCAGGUCCAGCACCGGGGGAACCCUGCUCAUACGAGGUGCUCCCAACCACAGAGAUCAUGGAUGGGACAGUGUCUGAAGAGAGCCCCACAUCCAAUGAAUCCAGCGUCCUUCUGUCCCAAGAUCCUACAGCUAAGCCAGUCCUGCUACUUCCCCCCAAAAAAUCUGCUGCUUUCCCUGGAGACCAUGAGGACACCCCAGUGAAACAGUUGUCCCUCCUCAAACAGCCCCCUGCCCUGCCUCCUAAACCUAUUGCCAGGAUUGCCAGCCACUUAACUGAUCCUGGCGCUCCUGUGAAACUGCCUUGUAUGCCAGUUAAACUGUCACCUCCACUACCUCCAAAGAAAGUCAUGAUUUGCAUGCCUUUAGGGGGGCCAGACCUCUCUCUCUCAUCCUAUUCCACACAGAAGAGCUCCCAGCAGCCUUUGACCCAGCACCAUCACACUGUCCUGCCAUCCCAGUUAGCAGCUCACCAGCACCAGCUCCAGUACGGCAGCCACAGCCAGCAUCUGCCUUCUGGGUCCAGCACGUUGCCCAUUCACCCUUCAGGGUGCCGGAUGAUAGAGGAACUGAACAAAACACUAGCCAUGACCAUGCAAAGGCUAGAAAGUUCUGAAUCAAGGCCUCCCUGUUUCCUUAUUUAUUUGCUUUUCUUUCCCAACAGCUCUGGUUUGCACACAGGUGACAGUGUUACAAAAACAGGACCUACGGGUCUUCCAGACAUGAGACAAGUGCCAACUGUUGUGAUCGAAUGCGAUGACAAUAAAGAAAAUGUGCCUCAUGAAACUGACUAUGAAGAUACUUCCUGCCUCUAUCCAGGAAGACAGGAAGAGGAAGAAGAUGAAGAGGAGGAUAACUCAUUAUUUACAAGCUCCCUGGCAAGGAAGAUCUGCAGGCAGGACUCUUUAGCAAUCAAACUAAGCAACAGGCCUUCAAAGCGGGAGCUGGAGGAAAAGAACAUCCUCCCCAUGCAGACUGAUGAAGAGAGGCUUGAACUUAGGCAGCAGAUUGGGACAAAGUUAACAAGACGACUGAGCCAGAGGCCAACUGCUGAAGAAUUGGAGCAGAGGAACAUACUGAAACCCCGGAAUGAGCAAGAGGAGCAGGAGGAAAAACGAGAGAUAAAGCGAAGGUUAACACGUAAGCUGAGUCAAAGGCCCACGGUAGAAGAGCUACGUGAGAGGAAGAUCCUCAUCCGCUUCAGUGACUACGUGGAAGUGGCAGAUGCGCAGGACUAUGACAGGAGGGCAGACAAACCGUGGACACGACUCACAGCCGCUGACAAAGCAGCCAUUCGAAAAGAGCUUAAUGAAUUUAAAAGCAGUGAAAUGGAAGUUCAUGAAUUAAGUAGGCAUCUAACAAGGUUUCAUAGACCGUAGCAGUUCAAUUCUACCUGACUACUAUGCCAUCUUCAAAACAUAACUAUAAGGAACCAUAAGUGCUGGUAUUAUUCACUUCCCCAUUACAUACAGUGUAAAUCUUCUGAACUGCCU